AUGUCUAACUUCCAAGAUAACUUUCAUAGAGAAGAGGAGAAACUCCUAGACUAUGAUGAUUCUGCCUUUUACUACUUUUUUAUUUCCAUAUUGACAGUCGGACUUAUUCCUCUUACUUUCAACAUUCUCAAAACUAUGAUUAUGGGAGAAAAGAAAUUUGAUGUAGUUGGUAUAAAUUGUGAAUGUAGUAAAUGUACGACUACGGUGAAGCAACGUAAAAAUGCGUACAAAAGAACUUGGCUAAAGACUAGCUUCUACUUCAAAGUAGCUCUAGCUGUUGUCAUGUGGGGACUAUGGUACUUAUCAGCUGAUUAAAUUAGCAAAAUUGAGCCAUUAAAGUCUUUUGAUCCUUACCAAAUAUUAGGAAUCGAGGUAGGCAGCGAACCUAAUGUAGUGAAGAGAGCUUACAGAAAAUUAUCUCUAAUUAAGCAUCCAGAUAAGAACCCGGAUGAUCCACUUGCUGUGAGCGAGUUCAUUCAAAUCACAAAGGCUUACACUACUUUGACAGAUGAGACUGCUAGAUCAAACUGGGAGAAAUAUGGUAAUCCUGAUGGUCCAGGUAGUUUCCAAGUUGCUAUCGCUUUGCCCAGAUUCCUUCUUUAAAAAGAAUAUUAAGUGUCAGUGCUAUGUGCCUUCUUCUUAGUACUUCUGAUUAUAAUCCCAGGAUUUUUCUACUUUAAUCUUGAAGCGUCGAAUAAAGAUAUAGGAGAUGUAGAUGUGGAAAAUAGAAGAAUAUUUGCUUUCUUAUUAAAUGAAAAUAUGCUUUAUAAGAAUUGCCCGACAAUUCUAGCGUGCAGUCUUGAAUAUUAGAAAAUGGGUAUAAAGAGCGAAGAGGAAAAAAAUCUCAUUAACCAGAUUAAGUAGGAUGAAAAUGUCAAGGAACUAAUUCCUAAGGUUUUACCAAAUAGAGUUCCAGCAAAUCUGAAAGCUAUUUGUAUUAUUCUUGCUUACAUGCUAAGAAUGUCCGAGAUUGAACAAGAGGUUUUAUAGGAAGAAUUGAACUAUAUUUUGAGCAAAGCACCAUAUCUAAUGGAGCAAAUGCUACAAAUGGCAAUGAUUCUAGCCAUGGAAUUCAAAUUUGGCAGAUCAAGAAAGAGAAUUAAUGCUAGAAAUGUUCUUACCUUGAUCUCUUUCUCGUAAAAUCUGAUUCAAGGAAUGUGGUAAGACGAUGAUCCAUUCCUCCAACUACCUCAUGUUAAUUACGACCAAUUCAAAGAUAUCAGAAAGAAACACAAGAAUCUUACCUUAGAGCAAUAUUGCUUAAUGUCAGCUGAGUAAAGAAAAGAGUGCGCUCUUUACUCUGAUCCAAAGCAAUUCGAGGACUCUGAAAAAUCAAUUAGGUGCUUCCCAGUUAUUGAUGUAACUAUAGAGUACUUUGUUGAGGGAGAAAAAGAAAUUGCAGUAGGCGAUAUUCUUACAAUCAAAUUGAAAAUCACUCAAAAAAACCUUGAGGAAAAAGACACCUUAGGAUUCGUUCAUAGUAACAAAUUCCCAUUCCUCAAAUAAAGUUCUUGGUUCCUUGUUUUCACCGACGCUGAGGAGAACGAUUUCCUUGCUAUGGAAAAAUUAGUAAUAAAGGAAAAAGUUUAUAUUAAGGAAAUAAAGGAGAGACUUUCAAGACCAGGUAGAAUGCAAUUCUUCAUGAUCCUAAGAAACGACUCCUACAGAGGCUUUGAUAAAAAGGUGAGUGUAAUGAUUGACGUUAAGUAAGAAGUUUACAGAGCACCUAUUGAAUAUGAUGAGGAAGAUAUCUAAGCAAUGAAAGCUCCAAGCAUGAUGUAAUAAAUGAUGGAUAUGGCUCCAGCUGAUGGCUCUGAUGACGAAGAAGAAGAUGAGGAUGAGACCUCAACUCAAAAUACAGACAAGCCUUAAGUCUAGCCUCAAGCCUAGACUCAACCUCCUGCAGAAUAGACCUAGGAGAGCAAGAAAGACUAGUGA